CGCACGCACGGAAUUUUUUUUUGUAAGAUUUCAUUGUUCAAACGAAUGUCAGUGCAAGACUGGGUUUAGUUUUCUUCUCUUGCAUAAUUAUCCCGUUUGAGUCACCGAUCUCAGUACAAAACAGCUAUACAAAGCGAUGAGUAAAAGGAAGGCGCCGCAAGAGAAAUUGAACGAAGGAAUCACAGACUUUCUUAUAGAACUGGCUAAUUAUGAGAGAAACGUGAACCGAGCUAUUCAUAAGUACAAUGCAUACAGGAAAGCUGCUUCUGUCAUUGCGAAAUACCCAGAGAAGAUUAAAAGUGGCACAGAAGCCAAGAAAUUGGAUGGAGUGGGAGCGAAAAUCGCAGAAAAGAUUGACGAGUUUCUGGCCACAGGAAAGCUGAAGAAGUUAGAAAAGAUCCGAAAUGAUGAUACCAGCAGUUCCAUUAACUUCCUUACCAGGGUCACCGGCAUUGGCCCGGCAGCUGCUCGCAAGUUUGUGGAAGAGGGUGUGAAGACACUUGAGGAUCUGAAGAAGAAUGAACACAAGCUUAAUCACCAUCAAAAGAUUGGACUUAAAUACUUUGAGGACUUUGAGAAGAGAAUUCCUCGCGCUGAGAUGGAAAAGAUGGAGGCUCUGAUUCUCCAGGAGCUGGAGGUUGUGGACCCAGAGUACAUCGGAACCAUCUGUGGAAGUUACCGGAGAGGGGCUGAAUCCAGUGGUGAUAUUGACAUCUUGCUGACUCAUCCAAACUUUACCUCUCAGUCUGAGAAACAGCCCAAACUUGUGCAUGAUGUGGUCGACCACCUUGAGUCACUGAGCUUCAUCACUGACACCUUGUCAAAAGGAGACACAAAGUUCAUGGGGGUAUGUCAACUGGAUCAUGGCGAUGGAGAAGAAGAAUACCCACAUCGCCGCAUUGACAUCAGAUUGAUCCCUAAAGACCAGUACUACUGUGGUGUACUGUAUUUUACGGGCAGUGACAUCUUCAACAAGAACAUGAGAACUCAUGCUUUGGAGAAAGGUUUCACUCUCAAUGAGUACACCAUCCGGCCAAUUGGGGUUACUGGUGUAGCAGGAGAACCUCUGCCGGUGGAUAGUGAGAAGGAUGUUUUCGACUACAUCCAGUGGAAAUACAGAGAGCCUAAAGACCGCAGCGAAUGAGAGGCAGCUGGGGUCACAUGAAAGCACUCCGGCCUUAGUUACUGUCAUCCAUUUUAGCAAAAUCAAACUGUUGCAGAUUAUUAGAACAUAUGUGUGUUUUGGGGACUGUGUGCAUGUGUGUGCUUGUGAUUUCAUUUUAAUUUUGGUCACUUUUCUGGGAGAAAUUGCCUUUAGAGAUGGCAGAAAGUUUAGGGAGGUCUCUGGAAACGUGUUUUUUUUACUUUGUCUAAUUUUUAGCUUUUUGAAGGUAAUAUUGUAUUUGGCUUACUUAAUGUGAUGCCCAAUGUACAACUUAUGAUAAUGUCAGAGUGCUUUUCUAGAUGAAUGAUUGCAUAAACUCAUGAGUAAGAAUACAGGGAAACGGCCUAGCAUUCUACUGCUUUUGGAGGAGCGAUGACUUUGAUAUUACUGCUAAAAUCAUGCAGCACUGACAAUUAAUGCUCUCAGAUGGAAAUGUUUCCUUUUGCUGCUGUUUUGGAACAUCGUACCGAAACGCGCCGGUGUACAUGAGAGCGUUAAUUGUGGCCCAGGAGGAGCAGACGUAAACCAAUACUCAGUGUGACUGUGUAACUGUCCUGUUCAAUGGCUCCUUUUGGGGAGCGACGUCCGUGGCGGGGCUCAUGUUACGAGUUCUCAGGGACGAGCUAAUGGUGUUCAGACAAAGAUCCUCAUAGGUUUACCUCUCUGUCCUCUUCAUGUUUCAGAUGGAGCAACAGCAACAGGCACAGUUCUGGGUCAUUAUUGUUAGACAAGUAUCACUUAAAAGCUUGUAGUUGCUACAGGUUCAGUUGCAUUAUACAUGUUGUAAGUAUUAGGCAAAAUCCUGUACAUGGUAUUGGUACUUUUGUAGGUAAGAUGACUUAAUUCUCUACGUAAAUGUACUAUUGAGGGCAAUGAUGAACGACCUCUUCAUUCAUUUUGGGCUUGGCACAAAGUAUAAAAUUCUUACUUCUCGA